AUGCCUCGCGAGCUAGCCCCAGCCAAAGGCCCACGAAAGCCCGAACAACUCAAGAACUGUACCAGGUGCAAGAGGGCCAAGCCACUGGGCAACUUCAACCUGGAAGGUUCCAGCGCUAAGGGUACAGCCCGAACAUGUCUGCAAUGCAGGCAGUGGCACCGGGUCUACACGGCUGCGCGUCGCGCCAAAUCGUCGACAUCAAAAGCCCCUGUUAGUCAAAAUCUCCUUGGAGCACAAGAGACAUCCGACAAUCAGCCACUGACCCUUGAGCGACCAAUCCCUGUUGAUGCUCCCCUGAGGGACCCAGGCAUGGAAUUCACUGAGGCCCAGAAACGUGCCUUGAUGCAGUAUUUUGCGUCAUGA